AUGAAAUCAUUCGUUAUCGUGGCUCUCUGCGUGGCUUUGGCCCACGCAUGUCCCCACUCUCGACGAGCCGUUCCUGACGACACAAAUGCCCCUUUACAGGUCCAGCUAAGCAGAAUAGAUAACAGUAGAGUUCGCGCAAGAGUGGUCAACACGGCUUCACGAGGCUAUAAUCUCCAUUACAAAGGGUCGGUCCUCGACAAGGACUCCCCUGCCGACAAAUUUGGCGUCCACGGCUCCGGUAAGGGAUUUGGCCUUCUCCAUGGCAUGUCAAAUCCACUAAUGUUGUGCAGCCACUCGUGCCCGAUUCAACGGGGUCUCCUUUCGCAUUGCUACGAGCAAUCUCAGCGAUCAUGACUUCAUGCCGAUCCGGGCUGGUCAGACCAUUCAAAGGGAUAUCGACCUCGCCGAGCUCUACGAGGUCGGAACGACAGACACAUAUACGAUCCGCGCGAGAGGAGCCAUGCCGUAUGCGAAUAUUGGAAGUACAGAGCUCACUGGUCAUUCCGUGCCCUACACUAGCAAUGCCCUUACCAUGGAUAUCGAUGGUGAUCAGGCGAGGUCGGUUCCAUAUGCCAUCAAUCUAGCCGCGAAGCAGCAGAAGCGUACCGCUCUCAACUCCAAUAGUUGUCCGGGUGACAGAGGUCAACUGCUACAGUCAGCUCUGAAGAACUGCGCCGACCUCGCGUCGAAUGCCGCCCGCACAGCCGCUUCCGGCGCGGAUCAACUGUUUUCUCAGCACUUCCACACCGACGAUCCAUCUGUCCGGAACACUGUCGCGUCACGGCUCAAUGCUGUCGCAGAAAGUUGUGCGGCUAGAAGUUCUGACGGCACAUCGGCGUCGUGCACUGAUGUGUAUGGGAUGUGCUCUUCAGGCCUUCUGGCCUACACCCUGCCAUCCACCAAUCAGCUCGUAUUUUGCGACCCGUUCUAUCAAGCGUUGCCGCCGCUGUCGCAGACCUGUGAUGGCCAAGAUCAGGCUACUACCGUGUUACAUGAGGAGACGCAUGCGCCAGCUGUUUUCAGUCCGCCUACUGUGGAUUACGCAUAUGGUCAUUCGGCAGACAACUUGCCUACACAAGAUGCUUUGAUGAAUGCAGACAGCUACGCCAUGUACGCCAAUGGUAAGUUGAGCGACAAGGUCCGACUGGAAGAUGAUGCGCUGACUCUAGCAUAGCGCUGUACCUGGGUUGCUGA